GUUUGUAGACAAACAGGCAACCAGUCAGAGGGGGUCAACCAGGCGGGGAGGACUCGUGAGUUUAAAAGUCCCAAGCAAGAGACUUCGACAGAGGAUUCGAAUACACGGCCAUGUUGCUGCAACGCUCGAUUUUGCUCCCACUCUUGUCUCCAUGGAGGGGACACUCCACAAAUAAGGCACUGAUGCCUCGCUUGUCCGCUACGCUACUGGGCGGCCCCAGGAGCAAGUCCAGCCUCCCAGAUGUCAAGGAGCGGACUCUUGUUGCUGUCAAACCAGACGGCGUCCAGCGUCGUCUUGUGGGACAGAUCAUUUGUCGUUUUGAGCAGAGGGGCUUCAAGCUGGUGGGCCUGAAAAUGCUGCAAGUGUCGGAGGAGCUGCUCUCUCAGCACUACUGCCAACUGACCCAGAAGCCCUUCUACCCCAGUCUGGUGCAGUACAUGACCUCCGGUCCUGUGGUUGUCAUGGUGUGGGAAGGUCACAAUGUGGUGCAGGCAUCUCGUGUGAUGGUGGGGCCCACCAACCCUUCCGCAGCCCAAGCAGGAACAGUCAGGGGAGAUUUCAGCCUUCAUGUCAGCAGGAACGUGGUCCAUGCCAGCGACUCCCUGGAGGGAGCUGAGAGGGAGAUUCACCUCUGGUUUCAAGGAAAGGAGCUCCUCAAGUGGGACUGCUGGGACCAGGCCAUCACCUGUGAGGAGUAAAGAUGCUGAGCAGUGAGGAUCAGUGUUGCUACUACCUCUUCUCUUGCUGCUAGGUCCUUGAAAGCCUGAAAACCAUGCACAGUAUUAAUCCUUGAAUCAUUCAUCUCAGGAAGCAAAUAGCAGAAAUGGUAUUAUUUCAGCAACAUCAACAAGCACACGUAUAAACUAGUAGAAAUGAUGACUUCAUUCCAGCUCUACACAAUCAUGUCGUAUAUCCAAAUGAUUUUCUUGACACACACUUAAUUCAGAAGUUUGCAUAAACUCAUUGAGUGUUAGGCUUGGGACGCAGUCCAAAUGGUUUGCAGUUAAACUCUACAAAUAAAUCAAUUAACCAAUUUC